ACGUGUAUAGUAAUUAUAAUAUAGUUUUCCCGCGUUUCGUAGAAUAGCGGGAAAUUGUUGUAUGAUAUUAACGUGUUCGAAUAGAUUCGCGUAGGAAUACAGGGCGGGGCCAUAGGAAGGCCAGUAUAAAAGGUCAGAGUUAAUAGUAAAGGUCAUUCUAGCCAGUUUCACUCAGCGCACGAAGCUUACAUUCUUUUUUCGCGGGCAGCAUGGCGGCACCAAAUGACGAAUUCUUACAAAGAGUUUCAGAAAUAAUGGACUCCAAACUGUCUUCAUUCGAGCAAAAGAUAUCCAAACAACAAAAACAGCAACACGAACAGCAAUUGUCCAGGAUUCAGGCAGCAAACGACAAGACGUUUGUUUUCAAGAGAAAGGGAAACGAAGCCCAGUACAAAUUCAACAACAGCGUAAGAGAAAAAUUGAUAGAAGCCAACACCAGCUUAAGCGAAGGGGAACCAGAAAUGGCCUUUAAAAGCAUUUCAUCAGAGCUAAACAUUGAACAGAGAGUACACGACAGUUUAUUUUUAGCGGGCAUCGACACAUCAUCAGCGGACAAUGCAGCUCUAGCAGAAAAAAUGUGUGAAUAUAUUGUGAAAUCCAGAAGUGAAAACACAAGCAAAAAAUAUAUGUCGUCAUUCAAUAGGUGGUCAAAAUUCAUUACGAACAAAGGAAAAUCAGCUAUUCCAGCCAAUUCAAUGUAUGUCGCUCUUUAUCUAACGUAUUUGUUGAACAUCGGAUGUUCUUUUCAUGUUAUAUCCAGUGCUGUGUACGCUAUCAAGUGGGCGCAUUCCAUUUUAGGAUAUGAGGAUCCAACAGAACAUCCAUUCAUUAAAAAUAUAGUAGAAGCUUCCAAACGCAACAACAAAGCCAGAGUUAUCAAAAAAGAAGUCACGACUAAAGAUCUCGUAUUAUUGUGUGAUAUUUAAGCAGAUAGUUCCAGUUUGUUGGAAGUGCGUGAUAUGUGCAUGAUUCUACUUUCCUUUGCAGGUUUUUUACGCUACGAGGAACUAAGUUCACUUCGUUGUUCGGAUGUUAAAUUUUUAGAUGGAUACGUCAAAAUUUUCAUCAACAAAAGCAAAACUGACCAAUAUAGACAAGGAAACGAAAUACUAAUUUCAGCGGGUGUUACUUCGGCUUGUCCGGUAUUAAUGUUGCAACGUUAUAUAUCGCUAGGAAAUAUAGACAUUUUUUCUGAUCAUUUUUUGUUUAAGUCCGUUUUUAAAUCCAAGGAGGGUUUAAAGUUAAUAUACAAAAAUAAAAAACUUAGUUACACACGAGCAAGAGAGUGCAUGUUAUCAAAACUUAAAUCCGUUAUGGGAAAUGUCAACAUUGGUCUUCAUUCCUUACGAUCGGGAGGCGCGACAGCAGCAGCAAAUUCCAACGUAAACGAGCGAUGUUGGAAAAAGCACGGACGAUGGGCAUCAGAUUCGUCUAAAGACGGUUAUGUAAAAGACAUUUUAGAAAGCAGACUUUCAGUUUCAAAAAAUUUGGGAUUAUGAUAACAAACAAAAGACAGUCAGGUUACAUGUUUUGUUUUGUUGGUUUUUUUUCAGUACUUAAACUAUUUCGCAUAAUAUUUCAUACUUUGCUUACUUUUGAACAUUUAAUUCUAAGCUCGUCUGGCUCACACCUAAGUUGUGUUGUUCUUAAUGUGUUGGAAAUAUUCUUAUAAGUGUAUAUUAUACUUUAGUUUUCCCGCGUUUCGUAGAAUAGCGGGAAAAUGUUGUAUGAUAUUAACGUGUUCGAAUAGAUUCGCGUAGGAAUACAGGGCGGGGCCAUAGGAAGGCCAGUAUAAAAGGUCAGAGUUAAUAGUAAAGGUCAUUCUAGCCAGUUUCACUCAGCGCACGAAGCUUACAUUCUUUUUUAAGUUUUUUGAUGUCAUUAUAUUUAGUGAAUUAUAUAGCAUUCCGUAAUUAAUAAUAAUAUUUAUAAUAAUGUAUGAAUAAGUCCGAUAUUCGCCCCUAGACGUUAUUUACACUUGCGUUCGGACACAGGUUUCCAUAGUUUUUUCAAAUAUUUUAUCUAUGGUUUUUCCUGGGCGGUUUUUAACGUCACUCAUGGGGAAUUAUAUUUUUUUUGUUACACUUUAUGUACACAUGAUAUCGAUGAUGUAUUAUCAUUAAAGGCCAGCUGCCCGCAAAGCUCGUCUGGCUCACACCUAAGUUGUGUUGUUCUUAAUGUGUUGGAAAUAUUCUUAUAAGUGUAUAUUAUACUAUCGGUUUACAGUAAAGCAUAGUUACAACAUAAACACUUACAACCAAAUAUAUACUCUAUUCUUUUGAUACAGUUGAUUUCGCAUAUUAAUUACGAAUUAGAAUGCGCUUCACUUUAACCAUAUUUUAACUGCAUGUACUUAGAUAUGAUGAUAUUAAAUAAUUUCCAAAAAC